GGAAACGUGCUCACACAUGUGUUGUGGGAAAUUAGUAACUUGUCAGUACGUAUAGAUUUAGUUAUCCGCAUGUUUAAGAAACCAAAUUAGAUACUUACAGAUACAGUAAAAUUAAUAGACUCGUGGAAACAGAAAUUAAGGAACCAUAAAUGCACACAACAUCCUGCAUGAUGCACAGGCACAUGGUUAAAUCGUAGUAAAAACCGUAAGUAAAGCAGAUUAAUCAGUAUUAUUAGAUAAAUGGAGCAAUUUCGUAUAAAAGAUUUAAAUAGAAACACUAAAGUAGAGUUAGAGUAGAGUCGCUCGAAAUGUAGGUAAGAGACGAGCAACGUAGAGUCGCCUAAUAAUUGUAUGUGGAAUAAAACAGAAAAUUAAAGAUGUACGAAAACGAUAUGGUCUUUUUCUUGAGAAAUUCGGUUCACUUCUGAAACCUCUUUCGAAUCAGUAGAGUGAAGCAAUUAAUGCAACAAGUGGUCCACCGCGAGCCAGAGGUUUACAGUGAAUAUGGAGAAUUUAGAAAAGGACAAGAAGAAGAGAAGUCUAUUCAGAAGAAAUGUUACGAAGUUGGUGAACAAAGUGAAAGAUAUAUUGGAUUCUCCAGAUGUGGAAGAUGGAUUGGUCGAGCAUCUGCGUAAGGAGCUGCUGGAACGACAAAUAGAGCUGAAGGAAGUUGACGAUAAAAUUUUGGAUUCACUGCUGGAAAUCGAAGAAACAGAUGAGCAAGAAUUGGAUAGAGAAAGUGAAGAGGCGAGUAGCUAUAAGGAAAAAAUUUCAUUUGCCAUCAGCAGGAUCGAUCGAUUUCUAAAACCGCCAGAACGAAAUUCGCACAACACGAGAAGUUUGUCACAGGACAGCUUAAAUUCCAAUUCGUCGAGCGAAACCAAGUUGGUCAAAAAAGUGAACAUCAAAUUGCCGAAAUUGGAGCUGAAAAAAUUCGGAGGAAAAAUUCACGAAUGGCCGGAAUUUUGGGAUGGAUUUCAAAGCGUGCAUGGAAACCCCGAUCUCGCGGACUGCGACAAGUUUAAAUACCUGAAGAGUUUUUUAGAGGAACCAGCCAGACGGGUUGUAGCUGGAAUGCCGAUGACGGAGGAAAAUUACAAGAUUGCCGUGGAUUUGCUGCAGAAGCGAUUCGGGAGAAAGGAAGUUAUACAGCAAGCGCACAUCGGACAUCUUAUGGGGCUUCAGCCGGUAUUCAACGAAAAAUCCACCACACGGUUGCGGAAUCUGCAUGAUGAAAUCGAGACGCAUUUCCGUGGACUCGAGGCCAUGGGGGUAAACAAAUAUUCGUAUUCUUCGAUCGUCGUGCCAUGCCUGAUGGAGAAAAUUCCGGAGAAUAUGAGGAGCCAAAUGAUCAGGAAUUCAAGGGAAAACUAUCUAAGUUGGGCAGUUGACGACUUACUGGCUUAUAUGGAACAAGAACUGCACAUAAAGGAAUGCCAAGUGCCAUUUGCCAAGAAGGAGAACGCUGAGUUUGGAGCAAGGCCUAGACUUGACAGGGGACAUGGCGGCACCGCAUCAUCAUUGCACGUUGGCAGCAAAACUGAAGAAGGUAGCUGUGUUUUUUGCAGAAAAGGACACGCCCCUGAGGCAUGUAACAAUGUCAAAGGAGCAGAAAGGCGUAGAAACAUGCUUAUGAGAUAUGCCAAGUGUUUUUUGUGUUUAAGAUCAGGGCACCGUGCUUAUAAUUGUAGGAGUAAUCUUAACUGUAGCACGUGUAAGGGAAGGCAUAAUGUUGCAAUUUGUUCUAAAGCAGAGAAGGUGCAAUUUGAUAAGCUUAAUCGUAGUGAUAAGGAAACCGAAGGGAAUAGAUCAUCUGCUGCCCAGUUAAGCCCAAAUGCACCGUCAUGGAUAGGAAGUACCGGCUCAGGGGGGAACGUAGCACUCCAGACUGCUGCAGCGAAGGUUAACGGGCAUAGAUUACGUGUUCUUUUUGACUCAGGAAGCCACAGAUCGUUUAUAACUUCGCAAACUGUCAGCAAGCUAGGACUAGAAAUCGUUAGGGAGGAAACCUUAGGAAUAAAGCCCUUUGGGAGUGAAAGUGCAGAGUACAAAGUGAGAGAAGUUGUUCGAGUGCCAUUGUCUUCACAGGACGGAAUGAGGAAAAUUGUUAUUGAAUGCUUUGUUGUUGAUAACAUAUCUAACAUUAGCAAUGUACACCCUGAAGUUGUUAGAAAAUCUUAUCCUCACUUGCAUGAAAUCUGGUUCUCAGAUGUUUGUAGGCUGGAAACAUUAACUGUAGAAAUUCUGGUUGGGUCAGACUUCAUGUGGAGCUUCAUGGAAGGUGAAAUCAAACGAGGGGGGCCUGGAGAACCGGUUGGUGUCAAAACAGCACUGGGCUGGGUACUUUCAGGUCCAUUGGAAGGUAACAAGUUGAUUUCUUAUGAAUUCAAUGUAAAUUUUGUGCCAGAAGAAACAUCCACAUUAUUUGUUAGACAGGAUCUUGAUUUGCAUAAUAAAAUUGAUAAGUUAUGGAACCUAGACUCUAUUGGAAUUAAAGAGGAAAAUAAUGUAUAUGAAAUGGUCUUGGAUAACCUAACUUUUGAUGGCAAAAGAUAUUCUGUUGGUUUACCGUGGAAAACUGGCCACAAAAUCUUGCCAACUAAUUUUGACAAUGCAUAUGGCAGAUUAAACAGUCUUGUUAAUAAGCUUAAGAAAAAUCCAUCACAUUUUAAGAAAUAUGAUGAUAUAAUAAGGGAACAAGUUGAACAAGGCAUAGUAGAGCAAGUGACAGAUUUGGAGCUUGCAGCAGAAACGCAUUAUUUACCUCACAUGGCAGUCAUCAGAGAGGAGGCAGAAACUACUAAGGUGAGGAUUGUUUUUGAUGCAUCUAGUAAAGAUAAGAAACAGGGUACAUCAUUGAAUGAUUGUUUGCAUGUAGGACCAUCCUUGACACCCCUAAUUUUUGACAUUUUACUCCGGUUUAGAGAAAACAAAGUAGCAUUGGUCGGAGACAUAGAAAAAGCCUUCUUAAGCAUAGAAGUAGAUGCAGCAGACAGAGACUUCUUGAGGUUUUUAUGGUUAAAUGAUAUUGAAAGUGAAAAUCCUAAAGUUUGCGUUUUUCGAUUUAAAAGGGUAAUUUUUGGUGCCAAUUCUUCUCCAUUUCUGUUAAACGCAGUCUUGCGUCAUCAUAUUAAUCAGUAUAAGGAGAUUGACCCUCAAUUUGUUGUUAAGUUAAUAGAAGGAUUCUUUGUGGAUGAUCUAGUUACCGGAGGGAAUAGUAAGGAAGACGCUAAAUCCCUAUUUAAUAAGGCAAAAGAAAGAAUGUUAGAGGGAGGCUUUAGGUUAAGGAAAUGGAAAACAAAUGAUGACGAUUUAGCACAGGAGAUUUUGAAGGACGAAGGUGCAGUAGUUGUAAGAAGUGCAACAGAUGACAUCACUUAUGCUAAGGAAACUUUAGGAGGAGUAAGCACUGAUGUUAAGAAGACUAAGGUUUUAGGAGUUAUUUGGGACAAUAAGAAUGAUAAGUUAGAGUUAAAUUUUAGUAGGAUAGAUAAAAAGGCUAUUCCACUCACUAAGCGUAGUAUGCUGAGUACACUUGCAGCUAUUUUUGAUCCCCAUGGAAUAGUCAGUCCCAUAGUGGUAACUGCCAAGAUCCUUUUUCAGGAAGCAUGCAUGUUAAAAUUAGGAUGGGACGACCCCCUACCAGAAUCUUUAGUUGGUAAAUGGACAAGCUGGGUGAAAGACCUCAACGCCGUUGGCAACAUUACCCUACCAAGAUGUCUUUAUGAUAAGAGUGAGGGGGAAAUAAGAAAUGUAGAGCUCCACGGUUUUGGAGAUGCUAGCUGUAAAGGGUAUUGUGCUGUUGUAUAUCUUACUUAUGAAACGGAUGCAGGGAUUAAUACUAUAUUACUUUGCUCUAAAAGUAGGGUUGCACCAUUAAAGGAAUUAUCAAUACCACGUUUAGAACUUUUGUCUGCCAGAAUUUUAGCCACAUUGGUAGAUUCUGUUAGAAAGGCACUUGCUUCACAAGUAAAAAUUGAUACAGUAAAACUGUGGCUGGAUAGUAAGACAGCAUUAAGUUGGAUUCAUCAUAAGGGUGAAUGGAAACAAUGGGUUCAAUUUAGAGUAGCAGAAAUUUUGAAGGUUACGCAAAUUGAGGACUGGGGGUAUGUUAGAGGUACUGAGAACCCUGCAGACAUAGGUUCAAGGGGCACCUCUGCUAGCCAGCUCAAAGAAAACAAAUUGUGGUGGGAAGGUCCAACCUGGUUACAAAAGGGUAGAACAGAAUGGCCAGGGGGUAUAGAACUAGAAGAUACAGAAGAAGUAAAUAAGGAGAAAAAGAAAACCAGUGUUUUGAUAACAGUUGCAGAACAACCAAAAGGUAUAGGCAAGGUAGUUGAUAUAAACAGGUAUAGCAGCCUUCGUAAAUUGCUUAGAGUAACAGCCUUUAUUUACAGGUUUAUAUCAAAUUUGAAAGCUAAAUUGAAUAAGCAGCCUGUAAAUCAAUCACCGCUGGACCCUGAAGAGAUAGUGCAGGCAGAAAAGAAAUGGAUAAAGGAUGCACAAUUGCUAAUAAAGGAAGAGAAGUCGUAUGACAGAAUAAAACUUCAACUUGGUGUACAAGAAGUUGAUGAAUUAUUAGUUUGUAAAGGCCGAUUAGACAACUCUGAAUUGAAACUAGAGUCUAAACAUCCAAUAAUUUUGCCCAAAGAACACCACUUAACAGAAUUGGUAGUGAGGGAUUGCCACAAGGCAGUUUUUCAUGGGUUAGUAAGAGCAACAUUAGCUGAGGUAAGAACACGAUUUUGGAUUUCAAAGGGUAGGCAAUUUGUGAAAAAGAUCUUAAAAUCUUGUUCUAUUUGUAGAAAACUGGAGGGUAAAGCUUAUGGAGCACCACCAACAGCUCAGCUGCCAGAUUUCCGAGUGACCAUGGCUAAACCAUUUGCAAAUGUUGGCAUUGACUUUGCUGGACCGCUCUACAUAAAGGCAAGCAAUAGUGAAAUGACAAAGAUGGAAAAAAGAGUACCUUGUAAACCUUCGGGAGUCACACAAAAUGGUGAGUAAUAAACAGCAAGUAAUCAGAACUGGAGACAUAGUAUUGGUACAAGAUGACAACUUGAAAAGAGGAGAAUGGAAGGUAGCCAAGGUGGAAGAGCUAAUUGCAGGGAAAGAUGGACAUGUUCGCGGAGCAAAGGUACGCAGAGUC